AUGGCCGCAGCCUGGAGCCCCGCUCUCUGCCUCGGUGUGACUCUGCUGCUGCAGCUGCCAGAGUUUGCGGGCGGCGAGGGAGCCGUUCCCAUUGCUAUCACGUGCUUUACCAGAGGCCUGGACAUCAGGAAAGAAAAAGCAGAUGUCCUCUGCCCGGGGGGCUGUCCUCUUGAGGAAUUCUCCGUGUUUGGGAACAUAGUAUAUGCUUCUGUGUCAAGCAUAUGUGGCGCCGCUGUCCACAGGGGAGUAAUCAGCAGCUCCGGGGGACCUGUGCGAAUCUACAGCCUCCCGGGUCGAGAAAACUAUUCCUCAGUAGUUGCCAAUGGUAUCCAGUCUCAGUCGCUUUCCAGAUGGUCUGCUUCUUUCACAGUGACAAAAGGCAAAAGUGGUACCCAGGAAGCCACAGGACAAGCAGUGUCCACAGCACGUCCGCCAGCAGGCAAACGACUAAAGAAAACACCAGACAAGAAAGCUGGCAAUAAAGACUGUAAAGCAGACAUUGCGUUUCUGAUUGAUGGGAGUUUUAAUAUUGGGCAGCGCCGAUUUAAUCUGCAGAAGAAUUUUGUUGGGAAAGUGGCUCUAAUGCUGGGAAUUGGAACAGAAGGACCACAUGUGGGCCUUGUUCAAGCCAGUGAACAUCCUAAAAUAGAAUUUUACUUGAAAAACUUUACGUCAGCCAAAGAUGUUUUGUUUGCCAUAAAGGAAGUAGGAUUCCGAGGGGGUAAUUCCAACACAGGAAAAGCUUUGAAGCAUACCGCCCAGAAAUUCUUCACACCAGAAGCUGGAGUGAGAAAAGGGAUCCCCAAAGUGGCGGUGGUAUUUAUUGAUGGCUGGCCUUCUGAUGACAUUGAGGAAGCAGGCAUUAUGGCUAGAGAGUUUGGUGUCAAUGUAUUUAUAGUUUCUGUGGCCAAGCCAAUCCCUGAAGAACUGGGGAUGGUUCAGGAUGUUGCAUUUAUUGAUAAGGCCGUCUGUCGGAGUAAUGGCUUCUUCUCUUACCACAUGCCCAACUGGUUUGGCACCACAAAAUACGUAAAGCCUCUGGUACAGAAGCUCUGCACUCAUGAGCAAAUGAUGUGCAGCAAGACCUGCUAUAACUCAGUGAACAUUGCCUUUCUAAUUGAUGGCUCUAGCAGUGUUGGAGAGAGUAAUUUCCGCCUCAUGCUUGAAUUUGUUUCCAACAUAGCCAAGACUUUUGAAAUCUCAGACAUUGGUACCAAGAUAGCUGCUGUACAGUUCACCUAUGAUCAGCGAACAGAAUUCAGUUUCACCGACUACAGCACCAAAGAGAACGUCCUAGCGGCUAUCAGAAACAUCCGCUAUAUGAGUGGUGGAACUGCCACUGGUGAUGCUAUUUCCUUUACUGUGAGAAAUGUGUUUGGCCCCAUGAGGGACAGCCCCAACAAGCACUUCCUGGUAAUUGUCACAGAUGGACAGUCCUAUGAUGAUGUCCGAGGCCCUGCUGCCGCUGCACAGGAUGCAGGCAUCACCAUCUUCUCUGUUGGUGUGGCUUGGGCACCUCUGGAUGACCUGAAAGACAUGGCCUCGAAACCAAAGGAGUCACAUGCUUUCUUCACGAGAGAGUUUACAGGAUUAGAACCAAUUGUUUCUGAUGUCAUCAGGGGCAUUUGCAGAGAUUUCUUAGAAUCCCAGCAAUAAUGGUGACAUUUUGACAACUGAAAGAAAAAGUGC